AUAAUUACCGAUAUUGACUCUGGUGUAAGUUUUAUACCCAAAUCUGCAGCGUUGUUCAGGAUCCGCCCGGUUUUUCCGACAAAAAAACGUGCAAACGCGCACUGUGAACGCCACACGGUCGCCAUUUUGAAUAGCGAAUAGAGCGAUUGCUUGCUACAAGAGCAAUAAGAACUAUAUUAUUCGUUUCGAAGGAAACAUUAUGGCGGACGCCUGCAGACAUUUGGGCUUUUCAAAAAUCGUUUUCUAAGUUUAAUCGUGUGUUUUUAUUGAACUUUUUUGCAUAUUAUGGUGCAUUGAGUGUCUAAUUGACUGUUUAUUGUGGUUUUUGGCAGUUCCGUGGAAUAAAUUGGUGAGAUGGCAUUUCACAUUGAAGAAAUAAUGGCUCAAUAUUAUUAAAAUUCAAGUAGUAUAGAGGCCAAGUGUGACAACUCUAUACAAUCUUGAAAUAAUUACACAAGAGAAUAGUCUAAGAAUAUAAGACAUUAAAACUGUAAUAGGGCUGUGACAGAAGCCAGUAGUCGGGUCAAUUGUGUGUCUUUAUUCACCAAACAACAUACCAGACCCCUCUGACUCCCAACAGAGUUGAUAAACAACAACCUGAUGUCGGAAAAACAGAAUUAUCCCUCACUACACAUUCCAUCAUGAAAACUAAACAGGUUAAAGAAGAGACAGAUAAGAGCCUAGAUGAAGAAACAAUAGUUGAACCCAAGACUCGUGCCCGUAAAAAGGCCUCGGACCUCAACGAGGAAGAGAAAAGCAAACCUUCCCAAGAUGAACCGAAAACAUCCAAAGACCCCAAGAAAAAUGCACCCAAGCCUAAAGCAGUAGUCAAGAAAAGACCUCUAGGUAUUAGAAAGACAAAAACUUUGAGAAGAAAGAAAGUUGUAGCUGCAAAGAAAAAUGUCUUAAGACAAACAGUGACACGUACGAGGAAGGCUGGCAAAGCUGAAUCUGAUAAUUCUCAAGAUAAGGAAACCGUCCCAUUGAUACCUGCCGGAGAAAUAAAAAAGGAGCCUACAGAGGAAGUAACACCUAAUUCUAGGUCUUCGAGUCCCAAAACUGCUGGCAGGAGAGUAAGGCUUAGUUCUGAUAUGGUCAUGAUGAAGUCUGUCUUAGGUGACUCUCCAACCAGCUUAGUCUUAGGACCACGUACCAGCCCCUACUCUAUGCGCUCUGAAAGAAGCAAUAGUCCCUCACUUUUUGAAGGAAAAAACUUAAGGAGCGGGAAACCAAGGAAAGUAAAAAACAAUCUAUUAAAUGAGGUUGUAAUGAAAGAACAGAAAAAAAGACGGAGACUUCUCUCUGACUCAAAACCUUCAGAGGUUUCGGAGACUUCAGAAGAUUGUAAAAAAUUAAAAAGAGGACGUUCCUGCUCAAGGGAUGGCAGUGAAAUCUCUAAAUGCUCAGAUAUAACAGAAUCAGAUAUCAGCCUCAGCGAACCACUCAAUGAUAGUGAAAACAAGGAGCUCAGCAAAAGCUUAGAUAAAACUAAGACUGACCUAGAUAUAGAUAUUGAAAAUAAUGUACAGAUCUCUCCUAUUGGAAAAGUGCCUUCUCUUAGUGUUGACUCAAAAUUAACUGAAACCAAAACCGAUACAGAGCCUAGUUCUAUAGUAAAAGAAAAAGAUAAGAAAAAACUGAGCUUAAAAAGAAGUACUUCAUUAGACUCCGACAACAAUAACAGUAAUAGGAUUAAGUUAGAAAAUAUUAAUGUAUCAGACCUAGAAGACAAAUAUUUGCUGAAGACUGAUAAUGAUGCGCUUUUUGAAGAACGUAGUAGUAUAUUGACUAGUAUGUCGAAGACAUUUAAUUCAAAGGAGGUAUCUAAAAAUAUUAGGAAAGCCAGAAGAGGAAAGAAAGCAGCGACUACAUCAAGACCCAUUAACCAAUCUUCUAAGAAUGGUAUAACUAGUACAAUAACAAAUGACUUAGCCGAGGACAAGAAUGAAACUGUUGACACAUUAUCUAAAGAAAUCAGUGAUCUCAUCAAUGACUUGGACCAGAAUAUAGAUAGAGACCAAGAGAUGAUAAAUGAUAGUGUAAAUACUGAUCCAAUGACUAAGACCGUUCGUCAGUUCUACGGACAUUCAAAGCCAUUAGGAGAUAAUAAUAGCAUUAUUACACCUGAAACCCCAGUCAAAGAUAAAGAUGCAAUUUCAGCAAUAACAAAUGAAUGCACGCCGUCUAAGAAUGAUGAUAGUGAAAAUAUCCGCCUUCACUAUGAAGAAGAUUCUGCUGAGAAAUGUUCCGAAAAUAGACAAGAGAUAACUUAUAAAUGUAGCACAACAGUAGCCAGCAUAGACAAACUCAUGGAUAGACUUAAAGAAUUUGAAGAGUUUGACAAGAGAAGACAAAGACAAGAAUCAGAAUCUAAAUCAAAUGAUAGCAAGUCUGUGAUGGUAACAAAUGAUGUUGUUUUAAUACCAAAAUCGGGAGCAGACAUUAAACCUCUGAAAGACAUGCAACCUGUUAGAUCACCAGAAAAAUUAAUUGAAAAGGAAAAUGUGUUGAGUUGUUUUGAAAACAACUCAGCUAUUUCAAUAGUCAAAAGAGAUCAAGUGAGAAGGUCUAUUGAUGUAGAUCUUCCUAAUUCUGUCACAUUAAUAAAAAGGAAUAGUGUCAGCGCAAGAAAGGAAUCAACAAGUUCCAAUCAUUCAAAAGAAUCUGACGCUAUCAGUAUAUUUGAGAAGUCAUUGGGUAAGGAUGUGACUUUGACUGAAAUAAGGAAAUCGGUAGAGAAAGCAGCACCGACGCCGCAAAUCGAUUUACAUCAAUUCGCAACUUUACAUCCAAACAGCCCGAGUCAAGCUUUAGUUAGCGCACUCGACUCGAAUCAGAUAUCAAUAACUCCACGCAACAUAGAAUCGAAACUAAAUUGCAAUGAAGUGCAAAUAACUAAAAGGAAAUCAAGUGGUGGCUCUUCAUCGAGAAAAUCAUCGGACACGGGGAUUGAAUUAGAAGAGAAGAUGGCAACAAUAGAGAAAAUAAAGUCACCACCACAUCAAAUGAAAUCACCAGCGAUUUCAAUAACCCCUACGCCGGUUGCAGUAAAGUCACUCGAGGCUCCCCAACCUAUGGAAGCAGAGGCAUCCGCGCCUCCAUUAGAAACUGUUAAAGCUAUUCCUGAAGACAUAUCUUUGACCUCUGAAGUCCCAAAACUAGAUAGCGCUGUUGUAGAUUCUGCAAAAAAUAAAACUGAAACCACCAACGUUGAAAUUAAACCUGAGUCACAACCGACCCAAAAGACAGAAAUAAUUGAAAAACCGACUACGGAACCAAUUAUAGAGACAGAGAAAAAGGAGGCAGAAAAGGUAGAACCAGUUCAACCAGAGAUUAACGUUAAGAAAGAUGAACCAAUCGAACCCAAGAUCGAAGAAACAAAACCGAAGGUUUCAAAAGUAAAAUCGGCACGUAAUUCUACAGAAAACUUGCCGGGACCAAGUAAUGUUCUUCAAGAAACACCUGAAAGUCAGAAGAGAAAAGAGAAUGUACUUAGAACUCUAGGAUUGCUGACACACAAAGCUGCAUCUGAGGCUAAGAUAGAGAAAUUAAAGGAGAAGGAACGUAUAUACGGUAUGAAUUACUGCGGUGUUAUGGGCAAGGGUAAAUCUGGGAAGUCUGAUUACACUGGUACUCUGAAAACUGUGAUAAAGUUGAGUCGUGGCGCUGGCGAGAGGGACAAGAAGAAAUACAGGAGUUCAUUGAAGAUGACCUUCCAGAAGAGCAAAAGCAGAUCUGGCAGACCACAGCUAGAAGUAGGCGACACGGGCAGCGAUGAUGACGCCUUCUACACCAUCGAACGACGAGAGGGCGGCGCAAACGCAGCAUCAGAGGGUGGGCACAGAAAGUCUCAUUACAGUAAUCGGCUUAACAACCAUGAUGCAGAAGCAGUUCCCGAGCCUGAACCCAAGGAGACACUUAAUCUGGUUAUUCCGGAGAAAGCUUCAUCGUUCAGCAUCCACCCUGGGAGGCUUUGUAUGGACCAAUGUUUCUACUGCGGGGGCAAGUUUGGGCUUUUCGACACGCCCUGUCAUAUCGCGCAAAUGAAGAGCAGCGAAAGACAGAGGAAGGUUUUAGACAACGAGGAGAAGUUGACAAUCGACAGCUGCCUGUGCGACGCGUGCUACCGCCACGUGGACCGGCGCGCCAACUGCCCCUCGUACCGCAAGCGGCCCGUGGCGAAGCCCCCGGACACGCCACAGCCGCCCGAGCCGCCCACCGCCGCUGGUAUGGAGAAGGUACCGACGAGUCCUCCGCCGGAGGAGGAGAGUGAGGAGGAGGCGGGCGCGGGGGCGGUCCGCCUGGCCACCUGCCACGCCACCGCCUGCCUCGUGCCAGCCGACCACUCCAUACGACGCAAGUGGCUCAUCAAGAUGCGCUCCAGUGUCAACAAGCUGCUGAAGCUGGACUGCGACUACCCGGGCCUGCACACGAUCCCGCUGUGCGCGGAGCACCACCGCGUGCUGGCGCCGCUCAUGGCCUGCGCGCUGUGUCGCCGCCGCCUCACCAAGCACCACAACCUGCACUUCAUACACCACGGCUACACCGAACUGAAUCCAUUAUUUAAAGAAGCGGGAAUUCCAGUGGAAUUCAAUGAACGACCUGUACUUUGUAAAGUGUGCCGCUACUUCUGUACGCUUCUGCAGCGGCCGGGACACAAUGACAAGCAUGCCAAAGCGUACACUCGCAAACUCCUUCUAAUAUACAACGUAGAAAUACCACCUGAAUUACACCAAGAAGUAGAUGAUAGUAAAGUUCUAGAAGAUUGUAAUACUAGUGCAAGCAAACAGAAGAAGAAAGCACGCACUAAAUCUAAGCAGAGAAAAUCUACAGAACCAGAAAAGCCCGAUAGCGAAUCUUCUGAGAGGACAAUCGAAAGUUCUCCAGAAAAAGAAAAAGUAAAAGAAGACAAUAUUGCAGAAGAUCCUAAAUCUACCCAAGCACAACCUUUAGCAGAAGAUAUUGAAAGUCUCAUAUCGUCAAAUAAAAUUCCAGUUCCAGGAGCUAAACCCACUGAGAGCAAUCCUCAAAGUGACGCCUCCGAAACUGACAUGGUAUCUGAUGUAGAAAUGCCUCUGCUACCUUUAGACAAACAGACAGAACUGAGAUAUCUUCUUCAAAAGCAAAACAAUCCAGCGCAAUUCCAACAGAACAAAUUGACAAAUUUAACACAGAAACAAAGAAAUAUUCUCAAAGUGCACAGUCUUGGCAUACAAAAGCCGGGACAGCAGCACAGAAUAAUUGAUAAAAACGCAAAGAGAGUGCAUAAAAUAGGUCAAAUCGUCACACAUAAGGACAAAACUAGUAAAAAAGAAAGCGAAGUUGAAAUGUUCGAAAUAGACAAAUCGAAAGAGAUCACUAUAUUGAAAAAUAUAUCGCUCAAUGAUGAGUGCACGAUAGAGACGAUACCCAAUAAGAAGCCAGCUGAUAUUAACACACUUAAAAACAAAUGGCAGAUGUCAGAAAGUUUUACACAAGUUAAGAAAAAUUUGAGUGAAUUAUCUAAGAAAUUGCCAGCUGACAAAGAUUCAAAGAAACACUCAGAUUCAAAAUACUCAAAUCCUGUUAAGAGGUUGGAAACGAAUCCAUCUAUAUCAGUAAGAGAACUUUUCCCCGGUGAGGAGGAAAUGAAUUUGCAGUGUAAUAUAGAAUUCAACAAUGUCAAAGGUGUGACUCCAGAAGGUUGGGAGAAGUGUAACACGAUGAUUCAAUAUGACGUGGAAACUAGAAAACUUUGGACCGAAUUACAGCGGCCAUACGGAAAUCAGUCGAGUUUCUUACGACAUUUGAUCUUAUUAGAAAAAUAUUUCCGUAGCGGUGAUCUUAUUUUAUCUCACAAUGCGUCGCCGCACGCAGCAAACUAUAGCACGUCAAUACAAAGUAGACUCCGAGCUUACGACAACUUACCUCCUGAAACCUCGCGACGCGAAUCCGUGAGCUUAAUUGAGUUCCGUAAGAAACCUUCAGUAAAUGGAAAAAGUUUGCUAAAAUCCAAUCAAAAUUCGGAAGAGAAAGAUCCUAAAAAGUUCAUGCCUCCACCUGGAAAUCUUCCAAAAGCUAAAUCAAAAACGGAAAAGAAAACCAAGGCAUUACCGCCGGAAUUAAUAGCAAUUAAUACUCCAAACGCUCAAGGCAGGAAGGCAAUACAAAAUGUCUUGCACAAUAUUCAACAAUUAGUUAAAGGUGUCUCGGCGUCUGACCCUACAGAAGUAGCGGCCGCACCGUUACCUCCACCCAAGUUUGAUCCCCCUAAAGAAAAGAAAGAAAUGCCUGGGUUAAAGUUUGAACCCAUAAAGGAAAAGAAAGACAACACUAAACUAGACAAAGAAAAGAAAGAAGCAACAAAGUCUGAUACGCCCAAAAAGCAAAAGGCUAACAGCAAAGGUUGGAGACCGACUCUUAUGCCCAUAACACCAGAAAACUUAGCCAAAGUCGCUCGGGAACCCUUAAAGCUUGCUGUAGACGGACACAGUCUUCCAAGUUUGGUGCAAGUUUUAUCAGCAGGCAACCGAUACCACAUUACAUUCGAGGAUUACAACAAAAUGUGCCUCAUCCGCCGGGAAAGACAGCAGAGAUUGCAAGAAAAAGAAGCAAAAUCAAAGAGACCAUCUAUCGAAGAGACCACAGUUGUUACAGAAAUACAAACUGCAACAAUGCUUGGUAAUGGUGGAACAGUUGUUCAAAAUUUCACCACUGAAAAGGAUACUGAUAAAAAAGAAAUACCAGACUUACAAAUCGGUACGAAUGCUGCUACGAUACUGAAGAAUGUAGGUCUUAAGAAUAUCACAAUAGCUCCUAUUCCUCCAAAGACGGCGACCGUGACGUCCCAAACCAUAUCUACGGCUGUCUCCUCACCGUCAUUGCUGGUCACCACGCCUAUUAAAAUCCCUCAAUUGGGCCCAGCCGUGUCCAUUACGAGUGAAACAGUGUUUACACCUAAUAUACCAAUAAUGACCCCAAGUCAAAUGAUUUUACCUAAGAUUCCAAAAUCGCUAACAGUGAUACCGCAGACUAUGGUCUCAAAUCAAGGAGUCGUGGUCCCCGUGGCGACGACCGCUCCCUCUCAAGCGGUGAUAACUGAGCAGCGACCAUAACGAAACCUAAUAUUCGUGGUUGUAUAGUGACCACCGAUCGCGACUUCGAAGCCAGCAGACUGAUGGUAGUGUAAUACUACUCGCAAGAGAGAUACGUUAGAUUAGAUGAGAUCCCUUGAGGAAUACGGUGAUAGUGUGAUUUAGUUCCCAAAUAUUGAGUGAUUCGGUCUGUGCUUGUCGCGUGUGACUCCUAAAUUAUUAACAAAUCCUAUUUUCGUAAUUAGUGAUAUGCCUCGGAUGUGUUCGUGACGGGGGCGCAGCAAUAUGUAAGUGAGAGCACCAGAAAGCCUUAACUGUGUAUAUAUUAGUGUAGGAACGUCGACUUCAUGAGCUGUGAAUAUUGGUGACGAGGAUUGUGUUGAAUAUAUUGUAUUGUAGUACUCUGAUUUAUUAGUUAUUAUAAUUGUUUGUGCAAAUGAUAUGGGGAAGUCUGUUUAUCUCAUCGCUCUAUUUAUUGAUUAUUAUUUAUUUAAUUUCAUUAAAUUAAAUUACGCACACUUUAUUUAUUUCUUUGGUUUUUCACUUAUCAUAAAACCACACCAUUUAUAAAAUAAAUUAAAGAUAAUGUACGUGAUAAAGCCAUCUAGACAAUCAAUUAAAUAGCAUCCCUAAAAUAAAAUCACCGACACAGAUUCAAAAUUCUCUAGUCAGUUUAGAAAAUGCAUUUAUAAUUUAUUUAUCACAAUGGAAUCAUUACAAAACUUCGUAUCAUUUGCAUGAAAAUAGACAAUUACUUUUAUGUAUACAGGAUGAUGUUAUAAGUGAUCACAUUAUAUUUGGCUGUACAUACUAAAUUGUUUUUUAUUCCCAUUUUUAAAUAUAACCAAAUUCCUCAUUUAGAUAUUUACCAAAUAGCAUGUGAUCACUUGAAACUAUUGAAUAUGUAUAGUGUGUAAUUAUAGUUUGGAUAUCAUUGAAGCAUAUUUUGUAAUAAUAAUGUUUCGUAGAAACUAAUUCACAUAUUGAUAGUGUAGUGCACUAAACCAAACCCAAAAUGUGGACAAUAUGUGAUCCAAGAGAGUAUAUUGUAACUAGAUCAUGUAUCUAAGUGCGUGAUACUCUGUGAAUGUUCACGUUAUCAGCAAAAUUAAUUAUCCAUUUGUAUCGGAACAAAACACAUAAUAUGACCAAUUUACUGUGCAAAUUUAUUCCAUAAGUGUAUUUUCCAUAGUGUAAAGUAACCGAACCGUGAGUGAUCCAGUGCCUGACGGAACUUUGAAACAAAAUUAUGUCACAGAAGUUGCACUCUGUAAAUAAAACACGUGGAAAAAUACUGUUUUAUAUUUGGUAAAGCUCAUGGUUGAGAAAAGUAAGUUAAACAUAUAUCUAUUGUUGAGAAUUACUAGUAUUUUAUUUUUGGUCAAAUAUCUUAGGAUUACGAACCAAUGUUAACGAUUAGAUGUACAGGACGUGUGUUAAGGCGAUGCUUCUCGUAUACACCGGCGCCACACAUUCGACACAGCACAGUCACAUCCAUACACGUCGCGGUGGUCAAUAUUCGCGCACUUCGUAUUGUUUUUGUAUAAUUCAUACCAAGUCACGAAGGUUUGAGCCGCAGCAUGUGUAGCGCCGGCAUAAUGGUCUCAUUUAACUAUAUUCAAAGACUUUGAUUUUAUGAUCUGUAUCAUUAUGUUAAGGAAACAAUUAAAGAUAUUCCAUAAAUGAUAGAAUAUUUUUUUAAGAAAUAGUAUUACAUGAUAUAUUCGCAUACGAUGUAAUUUUUGUGUUUUCAGUUUCUGAUAUAUAGAAGUAAGUUCGGAACGAAAUCAAAAGACAUUGUUUCCUUAACAUUCGAUAAAGAUUAUUUUAAAUUGUUCAAAAAAUAUGGAACAGGGAUCUGUAUAUAUUCAAACAAAUAAGUGUUAAUCAGAGUAAAGGUAACUAUUUUUAUAUUAAAAAAAAAAA